AUGCCGUCACUCCCCAAUACCUCCACAACAGGCAAACCUUUCCUCAUCUGUUCUGCUGGCUUUGUGCUAAUCCUCCUCUUCCUCAGCCCCUCUGGUAUUCAUGGGGCUUCUCUCAGAGACCACAGACUGCGAGGAAGUGAAUCAGACCCCCAGAGGGGAUAUAUUCAUCAAACUCCCAAUGCUGACAUGCUCAAAGCCUUGGAGUACAUCGAGAGCCUCCGUCAGAGAACCAGUGCAGACUCCCAGCAGCACGCCCCUCUCACUGCAGGGCACGAUGCCAGCCACAUGGAUGAUGCUGAGAAGCUGCGUGCCAUGCUGAGGCUGGCUUCUAACCCCACGCAAAGCAAAAAUGAGGAGGAGGAAGAAGAGGAGGAGGAGGAAGGGAGGGAGGAUAAGAGUGAAGAGUUGCUCCAAGCUGUGCUCAGCACCCUCCAGCAGACAGAAAAGGCCUCCAAGCAAGCAUUGCUUCGUCCCUCCUCCCUGGGCGGAGGUGAAGGAGGAGCAGCCAUGAAGGAUGGCAUGUUCCCCAGGGUGCAGCAGAAGCAACACAGCAUCACACCUCACAAGAAGCUGCCGUUAAUGUUUGAGGAUGAAGAAGAGGGUGAAGGAGACGAGGAGGAGGAUGAGGAGGGGCCAGAGCAUGACAGCCCCUUUAAGCGCACCAAUGAGAACGUGGAGGAGAAGUACACGCCUCAGAACCUGGCCACGCUGCAGUCGGUGUUUGACGAACUGGACAAGCUAACUAAUGUGAAGUCCUUGCACAAACGACAAGAUGAAGAGGAUGCCAUGGAGGAUGAGGAUGAGGAAGACAAUGAUGAUAUGUUUAAUGUGAGAAAUGUGGCGUACGAUGAUGUGGAUGGUGAUUUCGCAGAUUGGGGUCCGCUACAAGAACAAGAGGAUGAAGAUGAGGAGGAGGAGAGGGACGACAGACACGUGUUUGACCGAGGCCUUGAUUAUGUUGACGAUGAAGACGAAGACACAGAUGAUGACGGCGAGGAGGAAGACGGCGAAAACAACCCGAUCAAGAGGUCAAAGGAUCCUGAUGACAUGACCAACCUGGUGGACUAUUACCUUCUCAAAGUGCUGGAGAAAACAGAAGAGCAAGAGCAGAAACGAGCGCUAGAGGAAGAGGAGAAACAGAGGGCUGAGAGGAGAGUGGCUCAGAUGCAGUACAGAGAUAACAUAGACCCACAAGCCAUCUACCAGCUCAUUCAAAUCUCCCAGAAAUACCAGAUUCCACCUGAAGACCUGAUAGACAUGCUCAAGACUGGAGAAACAACAAAUCAAGUCAAGUCACGAAAUAACAAUGAAUUAGCCAGAGCACAAAACAAACUCUCUCAGAUAUCCUCAAAGAAGACACACAUGGGUACUGAAGCUAAAUUCUACAACAGACGCCUUCCCGAUAGACAAAAGACCCCAGAAGACCUGAGGACAGAGGAAAUUCUCAACAUCCUGGGGUUAGGGGGCACAGAGAGCAGAGAUCGAGCUCCUGUCAGGAAGCCGAAGCAGUACAAAAGCUCACAGUCACGACUUCACAGUUCGCCUGCAGGGCUUUCGGGGGAAUCCGCUCCCACGCAACGGCACUAUCCCAGCAAAUUAAAAGACGACUAUGAUGACACCGUCGACGAGGAUGAACUGGCAGCAUAUCUCGCAGCACAGAUGCUCGCACAGUAUCCCAACCCGGCGUACAGCAACAACAAAGCGAGCCAAAAGCGCGAUGAAGCAGAACACAGCAUGACGGGGUCUUUUGAACAGGCGAUACAGAAUUAUUUUGAUCAAAUGGACUCAGAUAAAAGCACAGAUGAAAAGAGACAGUCAGAGCAUGAUGAGAGGGGCAGUGAUACACAAAUGCAAGGCUUUGAUAAUGAUGCACUGAUGAAAUUGCUGAGCUAUCUGAACCCAGAAGCUGAAGAAAGUGAUACUGAUGCCAAAACUGCCCCAGGAAUAUAA